AUGCCUUCCAAGUCACCCGUUUUCCUGGCCCUCGCCGCCGGCGCAAGCCUCGUCUCCGCCCACGGAUUCGUCUCGCAGGUCACUGUUGACGGUAAGGUCUUCCAGGGCUAUCCGGCUAGCUCCGCGCCGUAUGAGAACCCAGCCGUCGACCGCAUCGCCUGGUCCGAGACCGCCACGGACAACGGUUUCGUUGCCCCUGAUGCAUUCGCCUCUGGCGACAUCAUCUGCCACCGAGGUGCCAAGAACGCUGCCCUGACUGCCAACAUUGCUGCCGGAGGUUCGAUCGAUAUCCAGUGGAACACCUGGCCCGAAUCCCACAAGGGUCCCGUCAUCAACUACCUGGCCGACUGCGGUGGCGAUUGCUCUACCGUCGAUAAGAGCACACUGCAGUUCUUCAAGAUUGCAGAGAGCGGUCUGAUUGACGGCUCGGCCUCCCCUGGAACCUGGGCUAGCGACGAGCUGAUCGCCAACAACCUGACCCAAACCGUCACCAUCCCUUCCUCACUAAAGGCCGGCAACUACGUGCUCCGCCACGAGAUCAUUGCUCUCCACUCUGGCAACCAGGCCAAUGGCGCUCAGAACUACCCUCAGUGCUUCAACCUGGAGGUCACUGGCUCCGGCAGCGAGCUGCCCAGCGGAACUCUUGGAACCGCUCUCUACAAGGCGGAUGAUGCCGGUAUUCUGUUCAACAUCUACCAGACCCUGACCAGCUAUACGAUUCCCGGCCCUGCUCUGGCAUUCGCUGGCUCUGGCUCCGGUUCUGGCUCCGGUUCGGCUGCCACCACCGCUGUUACCGCUGCCAGCUCGACCACGGUUGCAGCCGCGUCUACUUCUGCCGCCGCAACUUCAGCUGCUGCCACCACUACCGCUGCUGCCACCACGAGCAAGGCCGCUACAACUUCGACCGUUAGCAGCCCGUCUGCGAGCAAGACUCCCUGCAAGAAGCGACGCAGCCACGCUCGUGACGUCAAGAAGAACUAA